AUGACGUAGCCGCGCCGUCAGUUCAUGACGCUGCGUCUCUUUGUUGGCUCAGCAGCAGCGACGCUUGUGUUGUUAUUUUCUCUGCAUCGGAAAAUCUGAAGUACUGGCUACUCAGCGAAACACUUUUACUGUUUUGUUUUGUUUUGUUAUCUCAUUGUAUCGGGCUUUAACCUACCACAACUAACAACAAUAACUCGGCUUGUCAUAAUCCGAAGUUAACCUAGUAAUGGACUCGGACGAGGGUUAUAACUAUGAAUAUGACGACGACGAGGAAUGUAGCGAGGAUAGCGUUGAAGAGGAGCCUGAAGACGACAACCUGGAACUGGGGGAUGUGGAGCUGGUCGAUCCAGUGGUGGCCGGUGGUGAGCGAGAUGAAUGUGGAGAAACUGGGGGAAGCGGCCUCGGGCCUGGUCAAGAUGAGGAGGACUACCGAUUCGAAGUACUCACUGCCGAACAGAUUCUUCAACAUAUGGUGGAGUGUAUCAGGGAGGUCAACGAGGUCAUACAGAAUCCAGCAACAAUAACUAGGAUACUUCUUAGUCACUUUAACUGGGACAAAGAGAAGCUGAUGGAAAGGUACUUUGAUGGGAACCUGGACAAGCUGUUCUCCGAGUGCCAUGUGAUCAACCCCAGUAAGAAGUCCCGGGCACGUCUGGUCAACACGCGCUCUUCCGCACAGGACAUGCCAUGCCAGAUCUGCUAUCUCAACUACCCCAACUCGUACUUCACAGGCCUGGAGUGCGGUCACAAAUUCUGUAUGCAGUGUUGGGGCGACUACUUAACCACCAAAAUCAUAGAGGAGGGAAUGGGACAGACUAUUUCCUGUCCAGCACAUAGCUGCGAUAUCCUCGUGGAUGACAACACCGUCAUGAGGUUGAUCACAGACUCGAAAGUGAAAUUGAAGUACCAGCAUUUAAUUACUAAUAGCUUUGUAGAGUGCAAUCGACUGUUAAAAUGGUGCCCUGCGCCAGACUGCCACCACGUGGUCAAAGUCCAGUACCCCGACGCCAAGCCUGUCAGGUGCAAGUGUGGCCGGCAGUUCUGCUUCAACUGUGGAGAGAACUGGCAUGACCCCGUCAAAUGUAAGUGGCUGAGGAAAUGGAUCAAAAAGUGUGACGACGACAGUGAAACAUCAAACUGGAUUGCUGCAAAUACCAAGGAAUGUCCCAAGUGUCACGUCACCAUAGAGAAGGACGGCGGCUGCAACCACAUGGUUUGCCGGAACCAGAACUGCAAAGCUGAGUUUUGCUGGGUCUGCCUCGGGCCCUGGGAACCCCAUGGCUCUGCCUGGUACAACUGCAACCGCUACAACGAGGACGAUGCCAAGGCCGCGCGAGAUGCUCAGGAGGUACGUUCUCGGGCGGCGCUGCAGCGGUAUCUGUUCUACUGCAACCGCUACAUGAACCACAUGCAGAGCCUGCGCUUCGAGCACAAGCUGUACGCACAGGUCAAGCAGAAGAUGGAGGAGAUGCAGCAGCACAACAUGUCCUGGAUCGAGGUGCAGUUCCUCAAGAAGGCCGUGGACGUGCUGUGCCAGUGCCGCUCCACGCUCAUGUUCACCUACGUCUUCGCCUUCUACCUCAAGAAGAACAACCAGUCCAUCAUCUUCGAGAAUAACCAGGCAGACCUGGAGAAUGCCACAGAAGUACUGUCUGGAUACCUGGAGCGAGACAUUUCCCAGGAUUCCCUGCAGGACAUCAAGCAGAAAGUACAGGACAAGUACAGAUAUUGUGAGAGCAGACGGAGAGUCCUGCUGCAGCACGUGCACGAAGGCUAUGAGAAGGACCUGUGGGAGUACAUAGAGGAUUGAGCCUGGAUUAAUCCCCCAACAUACACACACACACACACACACACACACACACUCGACACACACACUCGACACCCUGAAAUACACACACCAACACCAAGACAUGCACAGACUCUUAAAAUUAGCUCCUUCAUGGACAGGAGUGCUGACGCAGGAACAGCAGAGCAACAAGAGGGGGCAGCACUGAGCUCCCUUUCACCACACACACACACACACAGAGAACAUGUGUGCACACACAUCCCUUCAUCCAGCCAGCACAAGUCCCACUCGCUACAUCCCUGGAGGUGUUUUUUUUGUUUUGUUUUGUUUUCUUAAUUAUUUUCAUUAUUAUUUGUUUGUUUGUUUAUUUUUUAAACUCAAAAGUAAAUUAUAUUUAAAUAAAGAGUUAGAUGAUUAAAAAAAGGAGGAAAAUUCUAAAAACCAUCACAUGUACAACAGUGUAUUAGCUGCCUAGCGGACUGGCUGGAGGCCUUGUCCCUCCGUGUGUGUGUGUGUGUGUGUGCGUGUGUGUGCGUGCCCCCCCCCCAACUCAACCCACAGACACACUGAUGUCUCUGGUUUGUCUGUCUCUCUCGCUUCUGUCGCUGUUCCAUCUUGGACUCUUCCUCUUGUUUUUAUUUUUUACAUAUAUCUAGCGGUCCCUCUCUCUCUCCGUAAGUGGGACAUGGGUUUUGGUUUGGAGCGUUUUCACAGCUUUGAGUCCUCCUCCAUGCUUGCUGUGGGUGGGGCCAUGCAGCCAUGUCUGGGUUUGUGAAUGUUGAUUGGCUAAUUGUAAUGAGAUGUUUUAGGUAAGAAAACAAAACAAACUAAAACAAAUAUAUCAAAACAUAAAGAGCAAAUCAGUAUUUUUCGAUGUGUAAAUAAUGCAUAUAUGGCAUGGGCUUUACAAGAGCUAGAGUGGCACGUGUUUGCAUCAUUUUAAAAGUGAUGGGGGAUACAAUAUUUAUUCUUUACAGAUACUCCAAGAAAAAACAUCAAACAAAAGGACGAUAUGACGAUGUGCUGUAUUUCCUGUGUAGAAUGAGUUUCUGUUUCUGCUGCAUCUCCCACUCAUGGCAGUGGAGACUGGGACUGAGACUUUGUCCCAACACAGACUUGUCGUUCGACCUUCCACUCCAAACAACCCCACAUCAGUGCAAAAACAGCCCUCAGCGAAAGCAGUGCUUCUCAAAGCAGCAGGGGCGUCUAUGCCAAACGAUCUCUGCCAAGCACAGGCAGGCUUGAUGAGAUCUCUGCCAAGCACAGGCAGGCUUGAUGAGCACACUGCAAAGGUGGGAGAACCUGAUGAUACUCGUGCUCUGUUGCUAGGAUACUACGCUGGUGUUGAGGUGCAGACUGGGCUAGCCUGAGAGGACUGGGGGUGUGGCAAGGAACUUUGAGUCUCUCUCUCUAUCUUUCUCUCUCCCUCUCUCUCAUCCUGUCCCAUCUGUUCCUGACCCCUGGAUUGAUUUAGAAAUGUAGCGUUAUGAUAUAUUGAGAGCGUGACACUACUAAUUUCUGAGAGCCCAAUUUGAGUGACAUUCACUCAUGUAAUCUCUUUCCUUUCUGUUUAAAUGGCAUUCUUCAACAACAACGCGUGAUUUGCUUGGCUUGGCUUGACGUUCCGCAGAGGGAGAACCAUGCUUCUCUGGAACAGGUUUAAAGGGAUCUGAUGACAUUCACAGCCGUGCUGAAGAACUGCAGGCUAGACUAGACGAUGUGGUCGCUCAUCAGCUGGGUGUUUACCAUUGUAGCGUUACUUUCAGACAUUAUCAGCAGUUAUUUCUUUUGCAGUGUGCAGUACGUUUUCCAGAGUCUCAGAGCUGGAUGUCUAGUCCUGGUGCAGUGUUGUGUGUGUGGGCACAGUGCUGCUGACUGGAACGCACCCUGGGCUUUGUCUGACACCUGAUGGCACACAGCCUAACCGUGGCGCUGAUCUCUGGCUAACUACAGGAAAAGCAGAACCUCUCGUCGGGUGGGACUUGCGCAGCCUCCAUGGCUUUCUGUGAGCCACAAACACCUGACGGGAAGCAUGUUCUGACUCCAUUAGUCUUCUAGAAGGGAUCUUCUGCUUGUGUAAUCACCCAUGCGUGCAACCUGGCUUCCGCCCCAACGAGCAUCAUGAUGUGUGAACCAUCCUGGUGUUGAGGACCGGUAAAGUGGAACUGUAACUACAUUCUGCCAUGUUGUGAAAUUGUGUCUCUGGAAGUGCACUUCAAGGAUGCGAGGACAAGCAGUGUCAGACUUGCGCUCUAUAAACUAGUCAAACAUACAUGUUUCAGUCCUGCACACACGUGUCUGACAGCUGUCCUGUUGUUGCCGUCAGCCACCCAUACUACUUUCAAACUCCAGCAGCUUUGCAAAGUAACUUUAAACAUCAAAACCUAA